AGCUUGUGCGUCAAUAUUCUAGGUUUAGUAAUUCUUAGUUAAAAAUCCAUUUAAUCUACUGUAAUAACGAGAUUGAAGUGGAUAAUUUCUAAGAAUGGCGAAGUCAAAAAAUCACACAAAUCACAACCAGAACCGUAAAGCUCACCGUAAUGGCAUCAAAAAGCCGAAGAGAUACAGGCAUGAGUCUACACUUGGUAUGGACUUGAAAUUUCUUAGAAAUCAGCGUUUUGCUAAAAAACAUAAUCUCAAACCAAAAGCUCAAAAGAAGAGAGCAGAAGAGCGAAAGGCUCUUCGUGAAGCAAAAAAUAAAUAAAUUUGUUGUAAAAUAAUGAUUUUAUUAAAAUAAUUAAAAAAAAAUUUGAUGUUAAAA